AUGUCUCUCGUUAUCGUCGUCUCGCUCCUCUUGCUCCGCGGCGCAUCGCAGCCGUCCGUUAUGGCGCAGAUGCCCGACGUCAUGCCACGUGGGCAGAUCGGCGGCGACGCGGGUAUCGAGCGCGCCAUGUCUCUCUUCCGCAUAUGGGAGGAGGCGUACGGAUUGAAACCCGACGUGCACUUGCCGCCCGCUAAGAUCACCUUGCCGGCCAUCGUGCCGCCCGCUCCGCAUUUAGAGGACUGCUGGGCGCUGACAGCGGCGAGGAAGGAGUCGGAGAGACGUGAAGGGGACGGGGAGCCUCCUGUAUGGGCGCGGCAUGUUGAUAACUGCUCCUCCCAAUGCAACCCGCAACCACCUUGG